GUCUACUCUCUACACGUUCAACUUUAGAAGAGAGGUGUAAAUAGAUGGCAAGUUUCAGUUAACGAUAUCCAGGUGGGCGUGCAUACGCCGUUGAUAAACACCCAAGAUGCUCGACAUUUAAACUCAAGGCGACACGUAUAAACUCCCUAGCGUUUGAAAGAAUCCGACCGUUUCAUUUCCCUAUCUCAAAGGAUUUUCCUUUUUCUUGUUGAAGUCUACAAAUUCUACUGAUUCUGUUUGUUCACCGUCGACCUCUUCUUUGGUUCUCUCUCUCAAUUGAUUCUGUUAGUUUUUUCAUUUCAAGCUUGGCUAGUGACGACUUCAUCCUGAAAAAGGAAGCUCCUCCUACUUUUAGGAGGUUAUAACAGUUUAGGGAACAUAUUCUGGAGAGGAUUUUUCAUGUGUGGCAGUUGGAGCCCACAGCUUCAUCAUUCUGUCAAAAACUAUGGAAUGUGCUGAGGAAACAAAUUCUUCAUUCGUUGGGGUCAGUGAUGGUUUUCAGAAAAUGCAACCUCUUUCUGGGAGGACCAGGGGUCCAACGAGACGUUCCACAACAGGAAAAUGGACGGUUGAAGAGGAUGACAUGCUGCGUGAGGCUGUUCAGUGUUAUAAAGGAAAGAAUUGGAAAAAAAUAGUGGAAUGUUUAAAGGAUCGAACUGUGAUACAGUGCCAACAUAGGUGGCAGAAGGUUUUGAAUCCAGAAAUUGUCAAAGGUUCUUGGACAAAAGAGGUGAAGCAUUAUGGGUGUUUCUGGUUCCCAUGUCAAUUCCUUACAUCAGAGGAUGAAAAAAUGAUGAAAUUGGUGAAAAUAUAUGGACCAAAGAAAUGGUCCAACAUUGCCAAGCAUUUACCUGGACGCAUUGGAAAACAAUGCCGGGAAAGGUGGCAUAACCAUCUGAAUCCGGCCAUCAACAAGGAGGCAUGGACUGAGGAAGAGGACUUGGCUUUAAUGCAUGCUCAUCAGAUACAUGGGAACAAGUGGGCAGAAUUAACAAAGUUUUUGCCUGGAAGGACAGAUAAUGCAAUUAAAAAUCAUUGGAAUUGCUCAGUGAAAAAGAAAAUGGACAAAUACAUGGCAUCAGGUCUACUUGCACAGUUCAAAAGCCUGCCUGAUGUCAAUUAUCAAAACCACUCACUGCAUUCAUUGUCUUUGGGAGCGCAAGAUAGCAAUGGAAAUGACAGUGGUGUAGAACAUGGAAAAGAAACAGAGGAAAUUACCGACUAUGCUAAAACUUCAACUGUUAUCGACUACUCUCAAUCUGCAAAUAGGACAGCUAAUGCAGUUCCAUCUACAAGAGAAGAAUUCCAAAUGAAUGAGGAGUCAAUCCAAGGGAAGGGGCAGCAUAUUAGUCUAGUAUCAGAUUCCAACCGAUGUCACAACUCUGCUGAAGGUGUCAGUUUUUCCCUUCCAGAAAUGCCUGACCAACCCAGAUUCUCCAAGGUCCUUGGGAAAAAUUUAUCAUAUGAUGCUGGAACAUUUGAAAGUAGGGAUUGGCAGUUUGCUUUGCAAGAAUUAACUAAUAUUUCUUCACUUGAUCUGGGCCAGGACUUGAUCAAGGUAUCAAAACAUUGUAUAUGUGCUAGUGGAAACCAUGAAAUGCUACCUGGCCCAGUACUAAACGCUGUGGGGUUAACUUCUAGUGUAAUGCAAAAUGUGGAGGCUUGUUCUGAUCAGCCUGUAAACAUGCUGAUUUCUAAAUGUGAUUGCUGCCCAGUCAUUUUCCCUGAGGCAGAGAAUCAUGAAUGUCUUUCCUUCAGAGAUCAUUUAGACUGCUCAGCUAUCUGUAAUUUGGAUGGGUGUACAGAUUCAUUACAUUAUCAAUCCUCUAACUCUCAAAGCUCUGAAAUUUCAGAAACCUUAGCUUCACAAUCAAUUCAUCCUCUGAGAUCUGAACUGUUGGGAACUUCAAGCUGUCAAACUUCUCUGCCUGUUGCACUUCCUGAUGAUGAUAGUACACCAAUAUUUGGUAGUGAACCCAAUCAUUUAAAUGAUGCUUCACUUGGAACUACAGAACAGGAGCCUGUUACAUGUUCACAGGCUGGUUUUAUCCAUACCAAUGACUCUGCUAGUUCCCCUUGUGAUAAUGGUACAGAUAGCUUUGGUCUGCAUAUCCAACCAGACAACAAGGAAUCUUCAAGAUCAGUUCAUUUGGUUGCUUUUGUCUCAGGGCCAUCAGAUAUCAUGAAAAAUUUUCUUGCCACAGAUGAAAAACCAAUCAUGCAUACUGAACAAAUAGAUUCAGGAGACAUAUUUAAUGAGACUUGUUGUUUUCCAAGCUUGGAUGUUCCUUUCUUCAGCUGCGGCCUUAUAGAAUCUGAUAGCAGUCACCAGCAAGAAUAUAGUCCUCUUGGUGUCCGGAAACUGAUGAUGUCUCCUAUGGACUGCUUUUCUCCACUUGGGUUAUGGGAUUCACCAUCUCAGGAUGUCAGUCAUGAAACUGAUCUGAAGAAUGCCGCCAAAACCUUUGCAUCCUCGCCACACAUUUUGAAGAAGCGACACCAUGAGUUGUUGACACCUUCAUCACAAAAAAGAUGUGAAAAAAAACUUGGGAAUGCCAUGAAUCAUGGGUUAUAUUGCACAAAUAGCUUGACAAGAGAUUUUUCUUGUUUAGAUUUGAUGCUUGGUGAGAAUGGUGACAAAGCAUCUUUCGUUUCUCCAAAAAAUAUCCAGAAAAAGAACUCCAGACCUUGCAUGGAAGACAAAGAAAAUUUGAGUUGUGCACCUGAAAGAAAAAAAGAAUGGAGAAAUGAUGCUGCACUUUCCAACCAUGCAAUUCCAGGGAUGAACUUUGAUCGAAGUUGUCCCUCAGACAAGAUAGAGAAAAGUUCCAAUGUUCUUGCUGCUGAGGCUAAAGUUGAUGCUGAUGCUGCUGUCAAAGUUGUGAAACAAUCUUCUGGAAUCCUUGUUGAAGACAAGAAUGACCUUUCAUCAUUCUCUCCUGAUAGAGUUGUACAUAAAAUGAACAGAGUUCUAUGUCCUAGUGCUAGAACUCCAGAAAGUCCAAAUUCUAGACAGUUGGAGGAGAUUGUUCAUUCUGAAUUCUUAUCUGGAAAUUCCUCCUUUUCUGUUAUUGUCUCUCCAACUGCUCAUGGAAAGAAGAAUGGUAGUUGUUCAGGUUCAGUUACACCUGUCAAAUCUGCUCCUUCAUUAACUCCACUCAAGAUCAUGUCUGGAAGCUCUGGGAGUGAUGCUGGUAUUGACAGCAUGUUCUGUGAAACUCCUUACAAAAGAGGAAGUGAAUCUCCUUCAGUACUGAAUUCCCCAUGGUUUAUUAGCUCUUUCCUUCCUGGCCUAAGAACCGGCACAAACAUAACGACUGAGGAUAUAAGGAAUUUUAUGAGCCCUGGCGGAGGAAGCUAUGAUGCCAUUGGGCUGAUGGGACACUUCAACGAUGUAGCUGACUGCCCAAGAAGUUUCGGGGAGUGAGAGUCCUGAACGGAUGUAAGAGGAAAGGCGAACAUCUGGAUGGUUCUAUGAAGAUCGUAAGAUCACUCCUUGCUAUCGGAGCAAUUCAAGAUGGUGCAGCUUAACACAUGCAUUACAUUUCAGUUCUGUUGGAACAAGAGGGACUGGUUUUGGAGAAUUACUUCCAUACCUUAGAAUCUGUAACUGGAUUGUUGGAGACAGUUAAGGAGGAUUUUCUGAGUUUUUUCAGAAUUUACUAACAAUGGAGCCAAUACAACUUUCAUCACUCUUUAUGAAAGUUUGGUAACGAGUCCAUAUAAGAUCAUAGCCAAGGUGUUGUCCCAUCUCUUUAUAAGAAGGUACUAGAUGAGACCAUUCAUCUUUCUUAAUGAGGCUUUGUUGAGGGUAGACAGAUUUUAGAUGUAGUCUUUUCUGCAAAUGAAAAAAUGGAUGAGAAAAGAAGCUUAGGAGAGGAGGGGGUCGUCUUCAAGAUUAACUUUGGAAAGGCAUAUGAUUAUGUGGAUUGAGGUCUUCAAAACCAUGGUUUAGAAAGAAGAGGUUUCAAUCCAAAAUGAAGGUCAUGGAUUUGUUAGUGCUUUAGUUAGUUUUUCUGUUUUAGUAGUGGAAGUGCCCAGAGGGUGGGUUAAGGCAACAAGAGGAAAAAGGUAAUAUAACCCACUUUCACCAUUUCUUUUUGCUAUUAUGGCAGAUUAUUGAGUAGAUUAAUGCUUUAUCUGAGGAUAGUGACACUCCAAUACACGCUUUAUAGCAUACAAUAAUAUGCUUUGUCUGUCAUUCUCUAAUAUAAUUUGGAAAUAGUUUACUUACUUGCAGUUUGAGGAGAUCGAGUUUUGUAAGAGGGAGGGAGAGAGAGAGAGAGAGAGGGCACCAACAAGGAAACAAGAUAGGUUAUGUUUUUAAAGAACAUUUCAAUCAUUCCUGUUACUGGGGAUAGGGAAGGAACUAAUCACAAAAAAGCAGUAUUUCUCUCUCUUUCAUUUGAUAAUUUAGAGAUUAAAAAUGUUGGAAGGAGUAGCAGAAAUGGAGGAGAUGACCAGUUAAAGCUCUUGAGCUUGCCAUGUUUUAAUUGCAAAUUUGUUGUCCACAUGUUUAAUUGAACUCGUCUCCCCUGUUCCCCUGUUUUUGUUUUUUCUCCCCAAUUUUUUCAGAGACAAUUAAGAUAUUUACAUGCACUUUUUCUCAAUUCUUCUUGCGGGCAUUUGAAAAUGAUGGCAACACGAGGAGCCUUCCAACAUCUGUCAUCUCUUCAUUAUUCAUCUAGUCUUCAUUAAGACCUUUGUACUUUCACGUAUGUAAUACUCACCCAGUCUUUUAUUUUGCAUCCAUAUCAAAUUUAUAAAGCUCGCUCGUUUUUCAGGUGUAGCAUGCAGUUUUGAUUACACUAUCUGCAUUGUUUUUCGGAUUUCUGUGUGUGUCGUAUGCUCAUCCAAUCUGUUGUUUUGUGUUCAUAUCAAAUUUAUAUUGAUUUUAUAUAUAUAUAAAAAAUUAUUUUAUAUCAAAUUCAGUCUGUGUUUCACCCAACUGGUACCUUCAACUCAUCAUUUUUUUUUUUUUUUCAUUUUCCUUUUAAUGGUAGCCUUAUUAUUAUUACAGAGAAAAGAUUUAGGCUAUGUUUGGUUUUAGAACAAUAACUUUAUAAUACAUAAACUUCUACCUAAUUUUAAUGAUAUUUGUUUUUUUUAUUUUUUAUAAUGAAACUAAAUAUGAGAGGAUCAUUUUUCUUAAUAUUUCUUUUAUUUCCUUAGUACCUUUUGGAAAUAAAAUAUAAUCUCGAGAUAACAUUGAUAACAUUGAUAUGAAGAUAUCUUUUCAUUGAAUUUGAAUUUGAUGAAAGGUAUAAUGCAUUGGAUAUUUUUUUCAUUUCAUUCAUUUUGAAGCAUUAUUUAAAAUAUUACUUACAAACAAGAUAUUGUAUCCAGGUUGCAAAUUCCACAAAUUCAUCAAGGCAUAAGAUGAUUAAGGCUGCAAAUUCUACAAAGAAAAGCCAAAAGGAAGGGUGUACAAAAGCUAUAGAUUGGGCACAUCAACAAGUAUAUUUGUAUUAGUUUUUCCUUUUGGACCAGCUUUGUUGAGUUGAGGAGACUAUAAUCUCUCACACUUUGGUUGCUAUUUAAUUUGAUGUGAUGCAUUGUUGUAAACUCAUAUAUAUUUCGUUGGGUUAUUUGAUUAAAAUGGAUGAAAUGUUCCCGAUUUGUAAACCUUUUUACUUUUUUUCUCAGAGAUGUUAUAAAGUUUGGCUUUGAAGUUAA